CAAAGUUUGAUCGGAGUAGAGAUGGAGAGUUCUAUGGCUUCACUAGCUAUAGUUUUGCAUGUGUGCGCCGGCAAUUACUGCUCUCGCUACCCGCUCACGGAACCCCCGUGCACGCCCAGCGGCUACGUCCGCGGCAAUUCCCGCAACUGCACCACCCAGGACCCUUCGGAUUGCUGCAAAGAAGGCGAGCUGUACCCCCAGUACCAGUGUUCGCCGCCGGUGACCGGAGACACGCCCGCCCACAUGACCAUCGCCAGCUUCGCGAAAGGCGGGGACGGCGGAGGCCCCGCGGAGUGCGACGGCCGCUACCAUAGCGACGACCAGAUGCUGGCGUCCUUGUCGACGGGAUGGUACGACGACGGCAGCCGCUGCAACAGGAGCAUCAGGAUCAGCGGCAACGGCAGGUCUGUGCUGGCGAAGGUGGUCGACGAGUGCGACUCUGUUUACGGUUGCGAAGCCGACCAGAGUUACCCGCCGUGCUCCAACAACGUGAUCGUUGCGUCUCCGGCCGUGCGGACGGCGUUGGCGAUCCCGGAGGCCCAGGUUGGGGAUUACGACCUUACCUGGUCUGAUGCAUGACGGGUGGCGCAUGCAACCAUCGGGUAGAUGCAUCAUGUGCUGCUGCAGCACGCAUGCAAGUGAAUACUUUUCGAUACUGCUUUGGUAUUUAGCUUCUUCGCAUCUAUGUGACUGAUCUAUAGCUUGUAUGUGUCAAACUCAUGCAUCCAAAGAGCAUGAAUUGAACAGAUCAUCACAUCAUUAACCAUGAAAUUUUAAGAUAUAUAGAUUCUAAUAUAGUAUAAGAAGUUACGAUUAUUUUACAAUGCAAUUUUUAUGAAAUUACAAUUUAGUUCUCAAAAUAUUAUAAUUCAAUUCAUGAGAUAUUAUGUAUCUCCCGUUGCAUAUCACUGAUCAUUCCUUGGAACAAUAGAGAUAAAACCAAUCUUUGUCUGUCUUCCCUUUCGGUAAUUUGCUUGCAGGCUUUUGAGUUGUGAUUGGUCAAAUAGCGAUAGUCAAUAUUUCUGCCUUUGUCUUGACACCUUUUACAAUAGGUUUGGAUUGAUUGUUGCUUGCCGUUCUCCUUCCUCUGUUCUAUUUAUGAAUAAGCAAAGAAUUUUACACUUCUUUGUUAGUAAAUAUUUAUGUAUUUCAUAG